AUGCGGGUCCCUCUCAUCCCUCACUCCAACGCCGAACAAGAGGCAUCCGAGCACCACACAAUCUCUAGCUCUUCGAACGGAAUAUAUUACACCCCUACCACUCUUUCUAUUGGGCAGGAUUACUCGCCCGCGGCUACCCCUUCUACAUCCUACACACCCUCUUCCACCUGCACCUCUGGUGACCGAGACUAUCGCUCCGCAGAUGUGAACAGCGACGCAAUCGCCUGGCAAACCUAUAGCCAUUCCAGACCUUCCGGAUCUCGUUCACAUUCUAUUGCAAGUACAGCAUGCCAGGACGUGGAUCAACUACAGAGCCCGGGGUACUCCUUCGGCCAAGUCACUCAAACCCACGGUUCUGGAGCGGACUUUACCUACCGUGACAUCGCGGACCACCCUUAUAUAACUUCCCAAAGAGCCGCAGAAUAUACCCAACAAUACAGUCCACAGAGCUCGCUCCCGGUGCAAUACUCCGCGGCGACCUCUUUCAGUCAAGAUCCGUACCUUCACCACAUACUCCCUUCUUACACGGCCGCUACGACAGUGAGCACAGAUCAGCUCACUUCUUCGCCAACAAGACAACGUAAGCACAACCGAGGCUCCGGCACUAGUCAUGUGACAACUACAUACCAAUUUGCGACAGACUACAUUCAGCAGCACGACCAUCUUGCUUUUGACACGGAUGAUUCCUUCUUGGCCGAGCCUUUCGACCAGCACUCGUUUGAGACCUCCACGUUCCCUAUGACCACAACUACCAGCGCUACCAGCGAGACUAGCGAGCUCCAGCGCUCAACUUCCAAAGCCUGUCGCGGCCGCCGGACUUCCACCCCACACAGCCCCGGGUCCUCGGCCAGCAAUGAAGUGCAACAUACCUGCCAUUGCGACGCGUCUUUCAAGCGCGCCGCUGACCUCACAAGACACCGCAUGAGCGUGCACGGAGAGAACGUCAUACUGUUUGACUGCGAUUUUCCCGGGUGCAAUAGAAGAGGCGCAUCCGGGUUCAAGAGGAAGGACCAUCUGAACGAGCACAAGCGGAAUGUGCAUAAUCUGUAUAUUCAGAAGAGGGAGAAGGGCCAGAGGAGCGCGCGUGAUCCUAGGCCGGAAGAGGGUUUUACUGGCCGAGGUGGUUACUAG